AAAGUGGUAACGAAGUAAAUACUAAUUGUUUUAUGUAAACCGAUGUCCGGUACCUUUGUUAGUGAAUCAAGAUGGCGAACAAAAAGUUCGAAGAAUUUAUUCCAGAUUUACAACCCUGGACUAUUUACGAAGAAAGAUUGGAACAACAUUUUGUGGCAAAUGGGGUUGAAGAGGAAGCUAUUAAAGUGGCGAUCCUAAUCAGUUCGGUAAGUGCACCCACAUACACCUUGUUGAGAGAUCUAUGUUUUCCAGAAGCUCCCAAAACCAAAACAUUUGCAGAAUUAUCACAGUUAUUAGCUACCCAUUACGGAGGUCAAGUGAGUACAUGGAGAGAGAGAUGUACAUUUUUUGACCUGCGGCAAGAAACUGAGGAAAAAAUAGCGGACUGGUAUGCUAGGAUAAGAAGUGCUGCAGUUACGUGCAAGUUUGGGGCAGAUCUAACCAAAGUGCUGCUAAAUAAGUUCGUGAGUGGUAUGUGUCCUAGUAAAAUUCUCGACAGAUUAUGCGAAGAGGAUGAAAAGGCGACGGUGGAGCAGAUGGUGAGUUUGGCAAUGAAGACAGAAAAUGCUAUUAUGGCUUCAAAAACAAGCUCGAGGUCAACUGUAAAUGUUCACGUGAUAGAUCAUCAGCAAGCUUCGUCAUCGUCGAGUUCUCGAGUUCGUCGGCAGGGACAGGAUGGAGGUUGGCAACAUGGGACAAGGCGGACAAUGCAUGGCAGCUCAAACGUCAAUGUAAAUUCAAGUGUCAAUCAGAUGUCGAAAUGUAAGAUAUGUGGAAAUAAACACAAAAAUAGUUGUAAAUAUAAAGAUUACAUUUGUAAUAUAUGUAAAAAAAUUGGGCACUUGGCUAGGGUCUGUUUGGCACAUAAAAAUAGUGUUAAUUUUAUAGAUAGUGAGGCGGAAGAGGACAUUUAUACAUUAGACAGCAUAGAAUCAAGAAUUGUUGAUCUGUGCCAUGUACAAGUCAAGGUAGACAAUCCCUUUAAAAUCCAGGUAAAGAUUGAAGGCAAAAUAUAUGAGAUGAUCAUUGAUAGUGGCGCUGGUAUAAGUGCAAUCACAAAAGAAACAUAUAUAAAUAAUUUUUCUCAUUUUAGGCUAACCAGUGAUGAUCUGUUGCUAAAAAGUUAUGAAGGUAGUGUCUUUUCACCAGAGGGAUAUUUUAUAAUAGAUAUGGGCUAUAAAAGCAAGAAAAUACCAGUAAAGCUAUACGUUGUUCAAAAAGGUUCUGCAAAUAUUCUAGGGAGAGACUGGAUAAAGGCCUUCAAUAUUAGGCUUGAAAUGAUGAAUCAAAUUGUAAGUAAUAGUAAAAUUCUAGAUCUAAUAAACAGUUUUUCAAACGUAUUUACUAGUAAGUUAGGAAACUUUAAUCAUAAGGAAAUUUCAAUUAAAGUUGUGGAAAAUGCUAAACCAGUUUUUUGCAAGCACAGAGCUGUUCCUUUAGCCUAUGCGAAAGAGGUAGAGUUAGAGUUAGAUAGGUUAGAGAAAGAGGGAGUAAUAGAAUUAAUAGACAAUUCAGAUUGGGGAACACCUUUAGUCUUUGUUCAAAAAUCAAAUGGGAAAAUACGAAUAUGUGGGGAUUACAAAACAACAAUAAAUAAACAUUUAGAAGAUGUGAAAUAUCCACUUCCAAAAAUUGAUGAAUUAUGGAAUAAACUAAAAAAAGGUCAACGUUUUUCAAAAAUUGAUUUACAACUAGCUUAUAUGCAGUUCUCCUUAAAUAUUGAAUCAAGUAAGUUGUUAGCGUGGAACACUCACAGGGGUUUGUACGCAGUUAAAAGAUUACCAUUCGGAAUAAAAUCAGCAAGUAGUAUAUUUCAACGAGAAAUUGAAAAUCUCUUUAAGGGCAUGAAAAAUGUAACAAAUUUUUUAGAUGAUAUAAUAGUAACGGGGGAAACAGCAGAAGAACAUAUGACUAACUUGAGGGAAGUUCUUAGCAAACUUGAAAAGGCUGGGCUGACAGUUUGUAAAGAAAAAUGUGUAUUUUUUAAAGAGGAAGUUGAAUACUUGGGGUACAAAAUAUCAAAAGAAGGCCUUAAGAAAACAGAUAGUAAAAUUGCUGCAAUAAUAAAUGCACCUAAACCAGAAAAUAUAACAGAAGUUAGAGCUUUUACAGGGCUAGUAAAUUAUUACCAUAAAUUUAUACCUCGGGCUGCCCAGAUCUUAGAACCAAUAUACAAGCUUUUAAAAGGUAAUGUAAAGUUUUUCUGGUCAAAAGAAUGUGAAAGGGCAUUCAAUAUUAUAAAAGAUAUAAUAGCAUCAGAUAAUUGUUUAGUUUAUUUUGACCCUGACCUUCCAAUAAUAGUAACAACAGAUGCAAGUGACAAGGGUAUUUCAGGCAUGUUAAGCCAAGUUAAAGAGGGAGAGGAGAGAACAGUAGCAUGUGUGUCAAGAACUCUCAUGCCAGCAGAAAAAAAAUAUUCUACAGUUGAAAAAGAGGCUUUAGCAGUUCAUUUUACCAUAAAUAAAUUUUACCAGUACCUCUGCUGUAAUAAGUUUAAAUUAAGGACAGAUCAAAAAGCGCUAGUUGCAUUAUUUGGAGAACACAGGAGCAUCCCUAAAAUGUCCGCAAACAGGAUACAAAGGUGGGCUUUAUUUUUGUCAUCGUUUGACUACAGUAUUGAACAUAUCAAGGGAAUAAACAAUCCUGUAGCUGAUUAUUUAUCAAGGUCACCAGUGCAGGUUACGGGAACAGUAGAGGAACCAGCGGAAGGAAUGACAUAUAUUCAUUUCACGGAGUCUAUAGAAUACUGGCCAAUUAACAACAAAGUACUUAGAGAAGAAACAGACAAAGAUGGCAUCAUCUCUAAGAGCGAUUUGAGGGCCACCUUCGAUGCUGUUGGUAAACUCGCCAGUGAGAAAGAGCUCGACGAGAUGAUCAACGAAGCACCCGGACCAAUCAACUUCACUCAAUUGUUGGGAUUGUUCGGUACCCGUAUGGCUGAUUCCGGCGGUACUGACGAUGAUGAAGUUGUCGUCAAGGCUUUCAGAUCCUUUGACGAAAACGGCACCAUUGACGGAGACAGAUUCCGCCAUGCCCUCAUGACCUGGGGAGAAAAAUUCACCGGCAAAGAAUGCGACGACGCUUUCGAUGCCAUGGACAUCGACGACAACAACAGGAUCGACACCCAGGCACUUAUCACCCUCUUAACAGCAGCCGAGAAGGAAGAAGGUGAAGAAGGCGAAGCAGCAUAAACACCAUCAUAACUUACAACAGAAAGUCAAUGUAAAUCUUCACGGCUACCGUGUGGUUCCACUAAGACGAAAACAUCAAUUCGGAUACAUCUAAGUGUGGUGUGUUUCUUAUAUAAUUCCAAUGAACACAUAAGAAAAGGUGUACUUAUAUGUGUAUUUUAUUAUGUAUUUGUUUUUAAGUUUAUUUUUAUUCAGUUGCUUUACCAUCACGCGACUCAAAAGAAAUAAUAUAUUAUUUUUUGUUUCAUAAAA